GUCUUAUAAUUUAAAUAUUUUAGUUACCAUUUCUCUUAUCAACUGUGUUUGAGAUUUAAAGUUUUGACGUUUUUAGUGUUUUGACGAUUCAAGAUUGAAUACUAAAGUACUAUUGAUCUUGAUCAUAUUUAAAUAUUUUAUAGUUUUAUGUUAUAUUUUAGUGAAACGGUAAAAUUAUGUUGAAAGUGUUAACAUUGCUUCCUAAAGUAAGCCGUCCUGCCUUUAAAGGUUUUCAAUGUAAUGUCAACUCGUGCAGAUUUGCAUCUAUACUGCAACAAAGUCAAACACAACAAUUCUUUCGUCUGACUAAGCCAUCAGUACAGUAUCCAUUAUGUUUUUCUUUCAUUCGUUUAUGUCAUGCAAAACCUUCAGAGUUAACUCCACGUGAAAAAUUGAAAAUAGCUGCUAAAGAAUACGGUUCAGUGUUGAUUGUGUUUCAUGUUGGAAUCUCAUUAAUUUCAUUAGGUUUGGUAUAUUUUUUUAUUUCUAAUGGUGUUGAUGUCCAACAAUGGAUUGCGUGGAUGGGUUUGUCAAAUGCAAACGAAAACACUAAAAUCGUAGCUGGUGCGAGUCAAUUUAUCAUUGCAUAUGCCAUACAUAAAUCUUUUGCUCCAGUACGCAUUUCAAUAACACUUGUAUCCGUACCAUUAAUUGUACGAUACCUUAGGACAAAAGGAAUAAUGAAAAUGAAGAAAUAAACAUUAAUUAUGAGAACCUAUAAAAUUGUAUACAUAAUUAUUGUUACUUUGGGUU